AAUUGAACCGUUAACACCAAGAUAGUUCCGUCCACUUUUCUGGGCAACCCUCAUCUUCGUACCCAAUUUCUCUGUUGCAGCACCUAAACCACCCUCCACAAGCCAUCAGUUUCUUCUUCCUCAAACCAGAUUUGUAGCUUCACCCAUCUCCAAACGCCCCCACCUCUUGAUGUCACCUCCAGCAGAUCUCACCAUGCCUCCACCAUUUGAAGCCCUAUAGCAUCUCCUCUUCCUGUUUCCUCAAAUUGCUAUACAACCCUUUUGCCGAUUUCCUUAUUGUGUGGAUGCAUAGACCAGGCAAGCAUAGGCAUCGUCGAGAGGUGGGGCAGCUUCGAGAAAUUGGCUGAGCUUGGACUGCAUUUCUUAACCUCUUAGUGGUCAGUGUCUCUCUAGCAUCCUCUCCACCAGAAUUAACUCCCUCCAUGGUUGAAACAGAAACUUAAUUGUGGGUUUGGCCCCUUUCCCGCUAUUAAAGGUGUUGUGGCACCUGGAAUUUGAAAAAAUGAGGAAAAAAACAUAUCGCACUCAUUGACAAUGGGAGUUAGAGGUUGGAUUGAUGGAGAUGAGAGCGGCAGAGAGAUGCUGUCUAGGGUUCUUACAGAGCGCCCCUAUUUGCAUCUUCCUCCUUUUCAAAAAUUUCCACUUCGCGUGGGUAAUGUAGUGGAGCUCGUGGGCCCUUCUCCUUGUGCCAAAACCCACAUCCUCAUGCAGGCUGCAAUUGAUUGCAUUCUUCCUAAACAUUGUGGAGGACUGGGUCACUUAGUAUUGUUCAUUGAUUUGGAUUGUCGUUUUGACAUCUUACGCCUAUCCCAAAUGCUCCGCAAUCGAAUUUUCCAAGCAAAUGAGAAUAAAUCAAAUGACGACGAGGAAUUAUUUUUAGAAUGCAUGAAGCGAUUUCUCUAUAUCCGUUGUUAUGAUACUCUUGAAUUUCUUGCCACUCUCAAGACGUUGCAUUACAAGCUUCAAAAGGAAAGGCAAGCUCAAGGAAUUAGUGUUAAUUUCUUGAUGAUUGACAGUAUUGGAGCUUUUCAUUGGAUAGAUCGAGCUUCAACAUCACUCCGCCUUGGGUUUGAUAACAGGAAAGCUCUCUCUCUCCACAAUGUGUAUGCAACUGUAGUUCAGGAAAUCAAAAAGCUUCUUCUGUUGCAUCCUAUGCUUGUUAUUGCCUCAAAAGCAACCAUUCUGGGCAGUAGAUAUGCAGCAAAUGCAGGGAAAUGGGACAGGAACCUUAGAACGCUAUGCUCACCAAAUUCAGCAGUUUCAAGUGUUACAAAAAAAGUACACCAAUUUAUGUAUCGUGAAUAUAUGCCUUCUAUCUGGCAGUCCUUUGUCACACUCAGAAUCCUAAUACAAGCCUCGGAUGUUCAUAUUUCUACUGACAAAAACCAUAAUAAGUCUGUCUACUUGUCUCAAUGGUUAAUGCCACCAGUGAGUUUUGUGGAUAGCUUCAUUGUGAAUGAUGUUGGUGUCUUCUGUGUUUCAUGAUGUGUGUCUGUGCAAGGGUAAAACAAUGUACUCAUAAUUCCAGGUGAGAGUAUUUGUUCAUUGUAUCAUGGGGGGAGAGAGAGAGAGAGAGAGAGAGAGAGAGAGUCUCUUUUUGCAUAUAUGGACUAUCUUGUUUGUCAUACCUUCUUCAUGUUUUCAUUAGCUAUUAUUUUGAAUUUUCAAUUGUAUAGGCUUUGCUACUGCUUGUUUUGUACCUCGUAUUUAAUGGGGCUUUGCAAAUACAAUGGGUCUAUGGAUUUGAUUAGUUCAUUUAGGAUUCCUCUUUGAGCUGUUUCAGUUCAGAUGAUUAACAAGUCUAUUACUCUAUUUUGGGGCAGUUUUCAGUAUUUGAUGUUGUUAUUUAUUUACAGUAAAGAUUGUAACAGUUUAAUCAGGAUUACAGUCAAGGGAUUCCUGUGUUUCAGGUUUUACUCUCACCUUAUACAUGCCCUAGGUUGGGUAGUUAACUUUAUCCGUUGCAUUUGAUGUAGCGGUGACCAAAAUGAUCAAGCUUAUUUAAUUUAGAACUUUAGUUUGGUUUUCUUGAUAAUCAGCUUGCUUGCCUUCAGUUUGGUUUGGUUUUUAAUUUAUAUGUUCUAUUUGGUUAAGCUUUUGGAGAAAAAUGUGGCAGAACCAAAUCGAAUAGUUUUUUUUU